AUGGGGGAUGAGGUAUGGUCAGACGUCCUGACGAUUGUUGAAUUAGAUGAACUGAGCGGUGUAGAUGAAGAAAGGGCUGUAGAACUUUUGGUGUUUGUAUCGCAUGUCAUAUUACAUUAUGUCGGAAGUGAGAGCGAAUGCCUGCCAUCGAAUCCGGCUGCAGGAGUUGUAUGUGAGGAAGACGCAGGCUCGAAAGAAGCAGGUUCGGAAGAGGGAGGAUGUAUAUGUCGUUGUGUGAAGCCUGGUUUGGUUGUAAAAGCUAUUCAAUUCCUGAAACUGGCGGUUGAGAGUGCGCACUUGGCAGUGUUUAAGCCAAUAUUGUUCAAGUUCUUCGGUAUUCCGUCCUGGUUCUUUGAUGGGAAUGAAUAUCCCUUGUCCAAAUGCGGCGAACCUGCGGUCAAGGAGGGAGUAGCCGGCACUGUGUUGACAAAUACGGUAAGGAAAAUUGCUGGUGCCUAUUUAACGGUGGACAAGCAGCUGACGGAAUUUUCGCCGUCCGAUAUCGCAUUGAGCGCGACCGACAGCUCAAGACGUCGAGUUCCCGCCAAGCUACUCCAAUGGCACUAUGCGAGACGGUUGGUGUACUACGGAGUGUUGGAGCUGCCGUUUGUAGUGGAGUCCUUCUACAAAUCGGAAUUGGCGGCGGGCAAUUUGCGUCCUGAUGAAGAUCCGGAUAAGCAAAGUCUGGAUAAGCAGAGUCUGGAUAAGCAAAGUCUGGAUAAGCAGAGUCUGGAUAAGCAGCGGCCUGGCGAAUAUCGGGUUUCACAACGGUCAAAUAAUCAGCUGCUGGCGCAGAUUAGCAUCACCGAGCAUAGUUUGGAGCUAAUUGAGUUGAUUAUGGGGCAGACCACCAUGCGUAAAGCUAUUAUGCCGUUGCUUGAGAUUACACAGUUUGUCAGCAGGCUGAAUAGCAGUUUGGCAGUUUCAAGAUAUUCCUCUUUCUUUCUUCGUCGUAUAAAUGAAUCUUACUGCUUCGAUGCUAAUGAAGACAAAAUAUUACGGAGCUUUGACCAAAAGUUAAGAAGACUUAGACUUCUCGGAAAGCUUCAAAGAUACGCCUUCAUGCAUCCAUUGUACAGAUUGAAUGACCCAUCGUUCUUUCGCGAGUUGAUGAUGUCACACGCUUCCGUAGAGGAGCUGAAGGAAGUCUGUAAAUUGUUUAUGAGUCAAAAUCUAUUGAAAAUAUUCCUGAAGAAUUCGCGCGAAAAAAAUGAAAAGGAAAUGAUGGUCCAAAGCGUGUGCUUCCAUUAUCAUGGCGAGAUGGAUUGGUUAGAUAGUCUAGAGCAGACGCCCGUGUACCCAGAUGAAGCUUCGGUGUGGGCGGAGAAUUAUUGGGAGGAAGAUCAAGAUGGAGACGCUCCUAUAGCACUGCCCAAGCUGCCUAUGCAGUAUUUGAAUAUGAGGGAUAUGAUCUAUCGGAAUUUUCGAUUAUAUAGAACAGAAGCAUUCUAUGAAGUUAGGAAAGACCUGGAACUGACUUUAUGGUCGAUGAAACCGCGACGAUUGCUUGCUAAUGAGCAGGGUAAGGAACUGUACGGUUCCGCGUUUCUGGGUGUGACUGAAGAGCUCGACGCGACGGUUGAUUACACGAAUAUUUACCGCGGGCUACACCAGCGAAUCGACGGUGGAAACGUGUGUUUCUUCGAAGGUCGGUCGCCUUACGGCUGUAAAAUCAUUAACAGCAACGUCACGUCCGUUCGACUUGACUCGACUGAAGAUAACGGUGGUGUUUUUGCCGAACUGGAACUGGAUCUGGAUAACAAACAUGCGUUCGAUACGUGGAGUAACGACGUAACACCAGGGCAAAUGCUCUAUUUGCUUUGCGCUGGAGGGAUCAUUGGCGAUCCCCAAAUACCUUACCCUGGCGACCACAUGUUACCUAGCGAAUUCGUUAAGCUUUACAACAUCCUUGCCUUGAGAUCCUGCCAGGUCGUUUCUGAAAUUGAUCCCAAUGGGCCUGACCCGCGCGACGGAGGAAAUCAUAAAGAUGACGAUGAAGCCGGUGGUUUCGCUGGAGGCCGCAAACAUCAAAUGCCGAACGGCGCAAGCGACAUGACAAGCCAACCCGUUGGGGCGCUGAUACCGCCAAGUAGAUCAAAAUUGUCUACAGAUAUAACAGUUAAAAUGACGGCAGAAACUUCAAAUAAAAAACGUUAUAUCGUAAAAUUUGAUCCCAUUCAGUACAAGAAGGAUGUUUUAGCAAUUGCCGAAAAUAAGGUUCUUGAUACCUUGUAUAGCGCUUUCAACAUCUGCCUGAGAAGAAGGCCAGAAACAUCAAGCUAUCCUAACCAUUUAGUUACUAUGAAGGACUUAUUGCUUCAGACAAAUUCGUUGGAACAGCAGCUGAAUUAUGAUAUGCGCAACAUUCUUCUGGGAUACUUUAACGAUAUUAGGGUUAUAACUGAGCUCCCAUCUUCUCCUAUAAAAGAGGAAUAUGCAAACGCGAACGGUAUAGCAAACGCGAACGGUAUAGCAAACACGAACGGUAUAGCAAACGCGAACGGUAUAGCAAACGCGAACGGUAUAGCAAACGCGAACGGUAUAGCAAACGCGAACGGUAUAGCAAACGCGAACGGUAUAGCAAACGCGAGUCCAAGAAUGACUCAGGUCGAUUGUUCCGUUGAAUUAGACGGAUUAUUGGCUCAAAGUAGGCCAGGCUUCACGUAUACAUGUAAGCAGAAGUUGGCAAUUGCAAACGCGCUUUUGCCUGGCGUUACGCUCAUUGUCGGGCCCCCGGGUACCGGUAAGACGGAUGUUGCAGUGCAAAUAGUGAGCUUGCUUCAUGAUCUGCAUGAGUCGGAAAGGACGUUGUUGAUAGCUCGAAGCAACAAUGCUCUGAAUGAUUUCUUCAUGAAAAUUAAGAAAUUCGGCGUGGACGGUCGCCACCUGCUCCGUUUAGGCAUUGGAGAGGCUGAAUUGGAGGAGUCGUUUUCGACUGAAGGACGAGUUGAGUUUAUUGAGAGCCGUAAGAACGAGUAUCUGGGAGAAAUACGAAGGUUAACAGAGACUCUAAAACUACCUCUAGAACUAACUAACGAUUGUUGUGGUUGUAUAAAAUUACGAGAUUUUUAUCUAUUACAUCGGCUUCAGCUAUACGAGAAUUUAUGUCAAAGCUUAGGGGAUGUGUCAGAUCUUACGUUAAAACAAUUAACAAGUCAUCCAGAAUGGAAGAGGUAUCUUGGUUCCGGAACUCCUUUGAGUAACCUUUUCGAAUCUAAUAUGGAGCGAAUGUUUUAUUCUCCAAGGCCAGUGUUGACGACCUCCUCCCAGGUCGUUAGCCGUGACUUAAACGCCACCUCAAACGGUGGGCCUGACUCCGAUUCUGGUGCAGAAGUGAAUCGUUCUACAGAGCAGGGCAUUAUUGAGGUUAAUAUUAAGGAGGAGACGGACGAUAGUAUAGGGACGGAGAGCAAUGUGGUGGAUGAAGGACAGGAGAGGAUUAAGUUGAAUACAUGGGAACUCCUUUAUCCGGCAUAUGAUUUCAGUGACUCGGACAUUUUCCUUGGCACGACAGAUUUUGAGUCUGGUCGUUUGGCUUAUGAAAGAGAGAAGGAACGCAUUUUGAGUUUGUUUUCGUAUAUAGAAGAAUGCCUUCCGUUUGAAAUGCUACGGACUCAGUCAGAGAAGUCACAUUAUAUGACUUCUGUGCAUUCCAAAAUAGUUGCAAUGACAUCCACUCGGGCGUUAGCUACUCGUGCUUCAUUGAUUAAGUUCGGAUUCCAGUAUAAUACUUUGGUGAUUGAGGAGUCAGCUCAGUUACUGGAGCUGGAAUGUAUCCUAAGUGCUUAUCUACAGCAGUAUGAUAAUCCAAACGAGAUACGAUUGCGAAGAAUUGUUUUGCUGGGUGAUCAUUUACAACUAGGACCCAUUGUACAAAAUCGAAUUUUAGGCACACAGUGUCGGUUCCAAAGGUCUCUCUUUAAACGACUUGUUGAUCUCAAUUAUCCACGGGUCGUCUGGCUCGAUCAGCAAGGCAGGAUGAAGAGCGAAAUUGCCGACGUCUGGAGAUGGCGUUAUCGUAAAGAGGAGUCAGGGACUGAACUGAAAGAUAUGCCACACAUCCGAGACUUGGAUGAUCUACCGAACCACGGUUUUACCGCCUCUUCUAUCUUCUUCAACCUACACAACUCUAAGGAAACAUCACCCCUCCCCCAUCAUUAUGUCAACGAACCGGAAGCGUUUGCAAUUGUGCGUCUUGUGAACUAUAUGAUCCACAUACAUGACUAUAACCCAAGAAAGAUAACUAUACUCGCAGCAUAUGCAGCUCAACGAGAUUUCUUACGAAGAAAUAUGAAACAUAACAUACGAAUUGCAACCAUCGACGAGUUCCAGGGACAACAAAAUGAUUAUAUAUUAAUUUCAUUCGUUCGUUCGCUGUCGGUUGGCUAUCUUGCGGAUCUCAACCGCAUGACUGUCGCCAUGUCUCGUGCACGUCUCGGCCUCUACGUGGUGGGCUGCUACAGGUUGUUGGCUGCAGAUUCUAAUAUUGGUCAUAUGAUCCGGCGAUUGAAAUUGGAGCAAGGCUUGCCAUGUAACUAA